AUGGUUAAGCUUCUCUUAGACGGAAUUCCUACAAAAGCAGAUACUUUUGAUGAUAUGAAGUCUGGCCUGGAGUCUGCAGCGGGCAGGGAUGACCUCAAGAUGUUUCAACUUCUCAAAGAAUACGGAUCCGAGCUUGGGGAUAAAUGCUUUAAUGCUUUGGAUCAUGCGAUAUACGAAGGUUGUCAUAUUGUGGUCAAGCAUCUCCUAGCACAACAGCCUGCGGGUUGUAGCAAGGAGGGGUGA